UGAAUUGGAGAGGAGGAAUUGGGCUGUCAUCACAAGAGAACACUCUAAACAGACAGACAGUUUUAAUUGUGGAGUGUAUUGUUUGAUAUUUGCUGAAAGAUAUUUCAACCAGCAACCGUUUGACAAGGUUUCAAAUGCAGACCUAAAGAAUGCAAGAAAAAAAUAGCAACUUCUCUAAUGAUGUACAAUGUCUACAGCACAGACCGCUGUCCUUGUUGUGGAUUUUUGACAUAUGCAGAAGAAACAAUCACAUGUGAAUUGUGCUCAAGAAAAUUUCACAGGACUGAAGCCUGUUUAGGAUCUGGAUGCAUGUCAUUGGAAACAAUCACUUGCCGGAUGUGUUCCCUGAAAUUCCAGGAGAAACCAUCCAAGAGGAAAUCAGACGAUGGAGAAAUUGGAAAUGAAAGAAAUCUGAAGAAAUGGAAAAAAAUGGAAAAUGCCAAGUCUGAUGUACUGUUCACAAGGAAUGGACCAGAUCAAAAAUUGGAAGCAUCAGGAAAAAAUGCAAAAUUUCAUGUGAAUAGUAAUGGCUAUGAUUUGGUAGAGAAUUUAUGGUCAUUAGAAAAGGAUUUCAAUUUUCCAGUGGCUAAUGUAUUUGGUAAAGUAAUCAUGGACACAGACAUUCGUUCAUUAAAAAGUAAUGAAUGUCUCACUGACAGGGUCAUUGACUGUUAUUUGUUGUUGCUGGCCACUCAACAAAAUGAAUUAGGAAGAAAUGUUGUACACUAUGACCAAACCAAAAUGACAGGGAUUAUAAAUUCAGACUUCCGAUUACCAGAUGUUUCCCAAAACUCUGGUAUAGAUGUAGAGGCAGAUGUUAUUGUGGGAGUGUAUCACAGGUCAUAUCAUUGGACUUUAGUGAUUGUUGAAGUAAGAGAAGGCAAGAUUUUUUUCUAUAACCCAUGUGGAGAGAGGAGCCAUGAGAUGAAAAAAAUUGAGAGGAGUUGGAGGAAAUAUGACAGUGAAUAUCGGAUCAAGUACCAAAUAAGCAACAAGUCACCAGAUUGGAAGAUAUGUACAAGUCCACAUGCUCUCCAGAGAGAUUCAUUCAACUGUGGAAUAUAUUGCCUUGUGUUUGCAGAGAAGCAUUUAAAUGGACACUUGCAUGAUCUACAAAGUAUAACGAAAAAAGAUCUACAAAUCAUGAGGAGAAAAGUAGCUUUAGAGUUGAUGCUUUACAAAG